CUUCUGUCAGAGCGCCCAGUCCUGUGCGUGAGCACUCAAAACCCUUCAGUUUGUUUCCAUUUCUGGCGGAACUACAUUACUUCCGGCGCGGAGGAAUUCAGACUACACGCCGUACGGACGGGACGCAAUCCGGCGCGCGCCGUUGCCACGGCUGACGCAAUUGGAUCGCGACGAGCCAGCCCUCCAGGGAGGUUGCUUGAGCUAUCCAUUACCGGACUGGAUCAGAUGAUACAUGAGGAGAAGCAGCUCUCUGCACUGAGCUCCCUUCAGACUUCCACGGAGAAAUGUCUGUUUGAGGGUGAGACAGAUUCCGAUUCGACAGAUUCAUUAGGUGAUCAGCUGUACGACCUGGUGGACAUUCACAAUACUGGGCACAGUGAGAAAAUAACAGGAAUGCUGCUGGAGCUGGGACGUGCUGAAGUAAAGAAACUGGUCAGUGAUCCACAGCUAUUGGAACAGAGGAUUCACAUUGCUGAGAAAGCACUAGAGCAAGAAUUGCCUCAUGAGACGAAAGUUUCUGAUUUGGACCUUGACGAUGCGAAGGAGAAGCUUGGAGAGAUGAUUUUCGAACAGGUAGAGAAGAUUGAUCCUCAGAACUGUGCUUACAUUACAGGAAUGCUUUUGGAACUGGAUCCUUCUGCCAUUCAGACUUUGCUGACUGAUAGCCUGGCGCUAAAAGGUGCUGUCGAGAGGGCCAAGUCUGCACUCCCACAGCGAUGCUCAGACUCCGAACCAAAUGAUGAGGAGGGAAGUGAGCUUGACAGUGAGACUGAGAAUCUAGGAGAGGAGUUGUACUGUUACAUUAACAGCACAAAAUAUAGUCAGCACUCCAGCAAGAUAACAGGCAUGCUGCUUGAGAUGCCACGCGACAGAUUGACACAACUACUGAAAUCUCCACAGCAGCUGAAUGAAAAAAUCCAGGUCGCUGCUGCAGCACUACAGACGGCUGAGCCAAGCUCAAUCCUGCUUUAGGUUGAGGAAAAGGCAUCGGCGACACGCCCACUUAUUUCUGUACAGGGUUCCUGAAGAGUCUUUAAACAUCUGUCAUAUCUGGAGUUCACACUGCAGGGUCUUUAUAACUUGGAUUUAUAGUGCCAUUCAUUGAUAAGUGGUUGUACUUCUGUUAAAUUGUGUUACAGGUUAUGUUAUGUGGAGAAUAAGGCUAGUUUGCAGAUUGAUACAUGUGGUAGUAUAGCAGUUAGCACAGCACUAUUACAGCUUGGGGCAUUCCAGUUUUGGCACUGUCUGAACGGAGUUUGUAUAUUCUCCGUGUUCCAAGAUGUACCGGUUAAUUGGUCAUUGUCAGGCCAGGAUUCAGUGGGCCUGUUCUGCACUGUACUUAAAAAUAUAUGAAUGUAAAAAAUACUGGAGGAACAGGUCAGGCAGCAUCAGCAGGGAGAAAUAAUGAGUUGACAUUUUAGGCCAAGACCCUUCAAUUUGAGACUGUUUAUUCCCCUCCAUAGGUGCUGCUUGAUUGGCUGAGUUCCUCAGUAUUUGCAGAAUUGCUAUUUGCUCCUUAUUGUGGUGAAAGAAUAAGUCAGCCUUGUACUAAAGCCAAGGACCCAAGUUGAUGGUGAGGCUUGUUUGCCCUGUGAGCUGGUAACUUGAACUGUUUCAGUGUGACAAAGGUACGAAACAGGUCUGAUUGCAUCUGCUGACCUUCCUCAAUCCUUAAAGCCUGACUAACUGCAUAUCCAACAGCAAUCUCAGCUCACUGUGGUGAGGAUAUGAGCAGCUGACAUCUGAUUCUGUAGAUCAAUAAGCUGUACAAACCCUCAGUGUUUGUAUACAUAAUUUGAAACAGUUUAUAACUUGAAUAAUUUCAACAAGAAUUUUAUGGAAAGGGAGAGUGGACCAUGGGAGAAAGGGUAAGAAGAGGGGGCACCAAGGGGAGGAGUGAGGGGUAGUUACUGAAAGUUGUAGAAAUCUAUAUUCAUGCAGUUUGGAAGCUACCCAGAUGGAAUACAAGGAAGGUGUCCUGCUCCAACCUGAGAGUGGCUUAAUUGUGGCCAUAGUUGUCAGACCAUUAUUAUACUUUGCAUAAUGGGAAUACAAAAGUAAUAAAAAUUGGAUUACAGUUGCAUUCUUAUAUAAAAUGUAUUUUGACAAUGACCCAUACAUUUCAAUAGUAUGUACAACAGCUCCCUUUUACAACUUCCACACCUUCUUUAAAAUAAAGACCAAACAUCGACAUGAAGAGGAUUCCAAUUUAAGGCCAAGGCAGUACUUUAGAGAAGCUCAAGUUCCCAGAAGAGACAAAACAGCACAUCACAACAGCCACGUUGUUCGCAUUGAACACAGAUUUGUGCUUAUUUACAGAAUAGAUUCUUUACACAACAAUUAUUACUAAACAGAAGGAAAUGUACAAAGGUUUCUUUUAACAUUUUAAAUCCGGAA